AUGAAUAUCGAAUGGUUGACCCGGGUGGGGUCAAAAUCAACCAAUCAGAAGACGCGUCGCCGAGGCCUUGACGUGGCAUAUGCAACGCCAUCUUCUUUGCUUGUCCGUGCGUUAACAUUCGGACGUUUACGUUGUUGCUGCACGCAUCCACCUGACCACGCCAUAACAAACGCUUACAAAAAAAAUUCAACAUGGGGAACAUAUUUGAGAAGCUUUUUAGGGACAACAAUAUUGUAUAAACUGAAACUAGGAGAAAUUGUGACCACUAUACCAACUAUUGGAUUUAAUGUAGAAACUGUAGAAUAUAAAAAUAUCAGUUUCACAGUUUGGGAUGUUGGAGGGCAGGACAAAAUCCGACCGUUAUGGCGCCAUUAUUUCCAGAAUACCCAAGGUUUAAUUUUUGUUGUGGAUAGUAAUGACAGAGAACGAAUUGGUGAGGCUAGAGAUGAACUGUCGCGGAUGCUCGGUGAAGAUGAACUGAGAGAUGCAGUGUUACUAGUAUUUGCUAAUAAACAGGAUUUACCAAAUGCAAUGAACGCAGCAGAAGUUACUGACAAACUCGGGUUGCAUUCUCUGCGCAAUAGAACCUGGUAUAUACAAGCAACAUGUGCCACCAGUGGAGAUGGAUUAUAUGAAGGGCUUGAUUGGUUGUCAAACCAACUGAAAAAUUCAAAAUAA